ACAAAAUGGCGGCGGCGGCGGCGUCGCUUUGUUUCCGCGGCUCCUGCGGCGGUGACAGUGGUAGCGGCCUUUGAGCUGCGGGGAAGACCCAGCACCAGCUACAGUGACUGCUAAGACUCCAGUGCAUUUCUGUCGUAAUCCGGUGCCGAGGUGCGCAUAUCGGCGCUCAAGUGUCGCAGAAGCCACAAGGCGUUCAAGCGAAAACAUGACUGCUGAGCCCAUGAGUGAAAGCAAGUUGAAUACAUUGGUGCAGAAGCUUCAUGACUUCCUGGCACAUUCAUCAGAAGAGUCUGAAGAAACAAGUUCUCCUCCACGACUUGUGAUGAGCCAAAGCACAGAUAAAAUCAUUGGUUCUGGAAAUAGCUCCGAUAUGAUGGAAAACAGCAAGGAAGAAGGGACUAGCUCUUCAGAAAAAUCUAAAUCAUCAGGAGCAUCAAGAUCAAAAAGGAAACCUUCAAUCGUAACAAAGUAUAUAGAAUCAGAUGAUGAAAAAGUUUUGGAAGAAACCGUAAAUGAAGAUACUUCUAAUGAAAAUUCAGAAAAUGAUAUUACUAUGCAGAGCUUGCCAAAAGGUACAGUGAUUGUACAACCAGAGCCAGUGCUGAAUGAAGACAAAGAUGAUUUUAAAGGGCCUGAAUUUAGAAGCAGAAGUAAAAUGAAAACUGAAAAUCUCAAAAAACGCGGAGAAGAUGGGCUUCAUGGAAUUGUGAGCUGCACAGCUUGUGGACAGCAGGUCAAUCAUUUUCAAAAAGAUUCCAUUUAUAGACACCCCUCACUGCAAGUCCUUAUUUGUAAGAAUUGCUUUAAGUAUUACAUGAGUGAUGAUAUUAGCCGCGACUCAGAUGGAAUGGAUGAACAAUGUAGAUGGUGUGCAGAAGGUGGGAACUUGAUUUGUUGCGACUUUUGCCAUAAUGCCUUUUGUAAGAAAUGCAUUCUGCGCAACCUUGGUCGAAAGGAGCUAUCUACAAUAAUGGAUGAAAACAACCAAUGGUAUUGCUACAUUUGUCACCCAGAACCUUUAUUGGACUUGGUCACUGCUUGUAACAGCGUGUUUGAAAAUUUAGAACAAUUGUUGCAACAAAAUAAGAAGAAAAUAAAAGUUGACAGUGAAAAGAGUAGUGGUAAAGUAUGUGACCAUACACCCAGAUUUUCCCCAAAGAAGAAUAGUUCAAAUUGUAAUGGAGAAGAAAAGAAAAUUGAUGAUUCAUGUUCUGGUUCUGUAACCUAUUCUUAUUCAGCACUAAUUGUGCCCAAAGAGAUGAUUAAGAAGACAAAAAAACUGAUUGAAACCACAGCCAACAUGAACUCCAGUUAUGUUAAAUUUUUGAAGCAGGCAACAGAUAAUUUAGAAAGCAGUUCUUCUCUGAAGUUACGUCAACUUAAAGCUUUUAAAUCUGUACUGGCUGAUAUUAAGAAGGCUCAUCUUGCAUUGGAAGAAGAUUUGAAUUCUGAGAUUCAAGCGUUGGAUGUUGUAAACAAAGAGAAAAAUACCAAAGAGCAUAAAGGUGUAGAUUUUAAGUCUGAAAUAAAAGUACGGAAAGGGGAAAAACCUUGUUCUUUGGAAAGGAAGGAUAUUUCAAAGUCAGAAGCUAAGUUAUCAAGGAAACAGUUAGAGAGUGAGCACAUGGAUCAGAAUGUCUCAACAGAGGAACAAAGAGCAAAUAAAAGUACUAGUGGUGAACUGAAGAAAUCUGAUAGGAAAGAGGAACCUCAGUAUGAACCUACUAACACUUCUGAAGACUUAGACAUGGAUAUUGUCUCUGUUCCUUCAUCAGUUCCAGAAGAUAUUUUUGAGAAUCUUGAGACUGCUAUGGAAGUUCAGUGUUCUGCUGAUUGUCAGGGGGAUAGUAAUAGUACAACUGAGCAAGAACUUGAGAAUUCAUCUAUGAAAUUAAGUACUCCUUCAAAAGACAACAGAGGAGGUAUUAAGUCAAAAACUACAGCUAAAGUGACAAGAGAAUUGUAUGUCAAACUUACUCCUGUUUCCCUUUCUCACUCCCCAGUUAAAGGUGCUGAUUGUCAAGACGUUCCACAAGAUAAAGUUGGCUCUAAAAGUUCUGUUCUACACACCAAGUCAGAGAAAUGUGAACUUGGAGAGGAAAACAGUGAUAAUGAACAUUUGGUUGAUAAUGAAGUUCCAUUACCUUUAGAAGAAUCUGAUCUUCGAAGAUCACCUCGUGUAAAGACUACACCAUUGAGGCGACAGACAGAAACUAAAACUGCAGUGUCUAAUUCAGAUGAGGAAAGUAAUGAAACAGUUAAGGAAAAACAAAAACUACCAGUUCCAUUGAGAAAAAAUGAUAAACGAAAUUCUUCUGACUGUGCUAUAGAUAACCCUAAACCUAAUAAAUUGCCUAAAUCUAAGCAGUCAGAAAUUGUAGAUCAAAAUUCAGAUUCUGAUGAGAUGUUAGCAAUCCUCAAAGAGGUAAGCAGGCUGAAUCACAGUUCUUCUUCAGAUACUGAUAUUAAUGAAACUCAUAAAAAUCAUGAGACAUUAUGUGAUCUAAAGAGUCAGCCAGGAAAGGACGAUAAAGGAAAAAGAAAACGAAAAAGUUCUACUUCUGGCUCAGAUUUUGAUAUUAAAAAAGGCAGGUCAGCUAAAAGUUCUAUAAUUUCCAAAAAGAAACGCCAAAACCAGUCUGAAUCUUCUAAUUAUGACUCAGAAUUAGAAAAAGAGAUAAAAAACAUGAGUAAAAUAGGGGCUACCAGACCAACCAAAAAAAGACUUCUUAAUAAAAAAGAAUAUGAUUCUUCUGAAGAUGAAAAACAUAGUAAAAAAGAAAUAGAUAAUCAAGAGCAGAAAAGUUUGAAGACUGUGCAGGAAGGAUCAUCUGAUGAUGCUGAAAGGAAACUAGAGAGUGAAAGUUUCUCUUUGGUAGAUAAAGACAAGACCAUUAUGGAAUUACGAGAUCAAUUUUCUAAGAAGCACCAGCCAACUAUUUCCCCUGAUGGUGCUGAUAAGUCUUCUGGAAGAGAGGAAGGUUUAAAUUUUCCAGAAGAUAAAAAAGUUGCUGACACUAAAGAAAAGAGUAAGUAUCUGAAAACUAAAUCAUGUAAAAAAUUACAUAGUGGUUUAUUUGAUGUCCCUGAGAAAUUUUCAAAGAAAGAGCAGAGUGAUGAGUCUUCUGAAGAUGAUAAAAAAAAGAACAAAAAAGAAUCUGAUGAAAAAGAAAAGAAAACCAUAGACUUGAAAAGAGUGAUUAAAAUAGAAGAGCAGUAUGAAUCAUCAUCAGAUGGCACUGAGAAAUUACCUAAGGGAGAAGAAAUUUGUUCUUUUCCUGAAGGUAUAAAACAGAGUAAGAAUGAUUCAACUGAUGGGGAAAAGAGAGGUAAAAAGCUAAAAGAUAAAAUGCCUAAAAAGAAAGAGGAAUUAUGUGAUAAUAUUGGGAAGUUGCCAGGGAAAGUAGACAGUUGUGACUCUUCAGAAGAUAAAAAGAGUAAGAAUAGAACAUCUAGUAGAGAGAAGAAAAGGAGCAGCUUCUCUGAAAAAAGUUCAAGGAAAAGGCAGGAUUUCUCAUCAUCUGAUACUGAGAAAUAUUCCGUGAAAGAUGGUUGUAACUCUGCUGAUAGGAGACUGAAAAGAAUAGAAUUGAGGGAAAGAAGAAGUUUAAAUUCAAAAAGAAAUGCCAAGGACAUUCAGAGUGGGUCAUCAUCAUCUGAUGCUGAGGAAAGUUCUGAAGAUAAUAAAAAGCAGAAGAAACAAAGAAGUUCAGCUAAAAAGAAGUCAGUCAUUGUCAAGGAGAAAAAGAGAAAUUCUUUAAGAACAAACACUAAAAGGAAACAAGUGGACAUUACUUCUUCUUCUUCUUCUGAUAUAGGAGAUGAUGAUCAGCAUUCUAUAGGCGAGGGGAGCAGUGAUGAACAGAAAAUUAAGCCUGUGACUGAAAAUUUAGUGCUGUCUUCACACAGUGGAUUUUGCCAGUCUUCAGGAGAUGAAGCUAUAUCUAAAUCAGUGCCUGUCACCAUGGAUGAUGAUGAUGAAGACAAUGAUCCUGAGAAUAGAAUUGCCAAGAAGAUGCUUUUAGAAGAAAUUAAAGCGAAUCUUUCCUCUGAUGAGGAUGGAUCUUCAGAUGAUGAAUCAGAAGAAGGGAAAAAAAGAGCUGGAAAACAAAAUGAAGAGAACGCAGGAGAUGAGGAAGGAAAAAAUCAGGUCAAUUCUGAAUCAGAUUCAGAUUCUGAAGAAUCUAAGAAGCCAAGAUACAGACAUAGGCUCUUGAGGCAUAAACUAACUGUGAGUGAUGGAGAAUCUGGAGAAGAAAAAAGGACAAAGCCUAAGGAACAUAAAGAAGUGAAAGCCAGAAAUAGAAGAAAGGUGAGCAGCGAAGAUUCAGAAGAGUCUGAGUUUCAGGAAUCAGCAGUUAGUGAAGAAGUUAGUGAUUCCGAAGAUGAACAGCGACCCCGAACAAGGUCUGCAAAGAAAGCAGAAUUAGAAGAAAAUCAACGGAGUUAUAAACAAAAGAAAAAAAGGCGACGCAUUAAGGUUCAGGAAGAUUCAUCCAGUGAAAACAAGAGCCAUUCAGAAGAAGACAAAGAAGAAGAAGAGGAGGAGGAGGAAGAAGAGGAGGAAGAGGAAGAGGAAGAUGAAAAUGAUGAUUCUAAGUCUCCUGGAAAAGGCAGAAAGAAAAUUCGUAAGAUUCUUAAAGAUGAUAAACUAAGAACAGAAACACAAAAUGCUCUUAAAGAAGAAGAGGAGAGACGAAAACGAAUUGCUGAGAGGGAGCGUGAGCGAGAGAAGUUGAGAGAGGUCAUAGAAAUUGAAGAUGCUUCACCCACUAAAUGUCCAAUAACAACCAAAUUGGUUUUAGAUGAAGAUGAAGAAACUAAAGAACCUUUAGUGCAGGUUCAUAGAAAUAUGGUUAUCAAAUUAAAGCCCCAUCAAGUAGAUGGUGUUCAGUUUAUGUGGGAUUGCUGUUGUGAGUCUGUGAAGAAAACAAAAAAAUCUCCAGGUUCAGGAUGUAUUCUUGCCCACUGCAUGGGCCUUGGUAAGACUUUGCAGGUGGUAAGUUUUCUUCACACAGUUCUUUUGUGUGACAAAUUGGACUUCAGUACUGCUUUAGUAGUUUGUCCUCUUAAUACUGCUUUGAAUUGGAUGAAUGAAUUUGAGAAGUGGCAAGAGGGAUUAAGAGAUGAUGAAAAGCUUGAGGUUUCUGAGUUAGCAACUGUGAAACGUCCUCAAGAAAGAAGCUAUAUGCUGCAAAGGUGGCAAGAAGAUGGUGGUGUUAUGAUCAUAGGGUAUGAGAUGUAUCGGAAUCUUGCUCAAGGAAGAAAUGUGAAGAGUCGAAAACUGAAAGAAAUAUUUAAUAAAGCUUUAGUUGAUCCAGGCCCUGAUUUUGUGGUUUGUGAUGAAGGCCAUAUUCUAAAAAAUGAAGCAUCUGCUGUUUCGAAAGCAAUGAAUUCUAUCCGAUCAAGGAGGAGAAUUAUUUUAACAGGAACACCACUUCAAAAUAACUUAAUUGAGUAUCAUUGCAUGGUUAACUUUAUCAAGGAAAAUUUGCUUGGAUCAAUUAAGGAAUUCAGAAACAGAUUUAUUAAUCCAAUCCAAAAUGGUCAGUGUGCAGAUUCUACCAUGGUAGAUGUCAGAGUGAUGAAAAAACGUGCCCACAUUCUCUAUGAGAUGUUAGCUGGAUGUGUUCAGAGGAAAGAUUAUACAGCAUUAACAAAGUUCUUGCCUCCAAAACAUGAGUAUGUCUUAGCUGUGAGAAUGACAUCUAUACAGUGCAAGCUAUAUCAGUACUACUUAGAUCACUUAACAGGAGUAGGUAACAGCAGUGAUGGUGGAAGAGGAAAAGCAGGUGCAAAACUUUUCCAAGAUUUUCAGAUGUUAAGUCGAAUCUGGACUCACCCUUGGUGUUUACAGUUGGACUACAUUAGCAAAGAAAAUAAGGGAUACUUUGAUGAAGAUAGUAUGGAUGAAUUUAUAGCUUCAGAUUCUGAUGAAACUUCCAUGAGUUUAAGCUCCGAUGAUUAUACAAAAAAGAAGAAAGCAAAAGGGAAAAAGGGCAAAAAGGAUAGUAGCUCAAGUGGAAGUGGAAGCGACAAUGAUGUUGAAGUGAUCAAAGUCUGGAAUUCAAGAUCUCGUGGAGGUGGUGAAGGAAAUGUAGAUGAAGCAGGAAAUAACCCUUCAGUUUCCUUGAAGCUGGAAGAAAGGACUUCAUUCCUCAUUUGUCUUGUUUUUAGCCAGUCCCUUAUAUCUCUUGACUUGAUUGAAGAUUUUCUUGAAUUGGCCAGUAGGGAGAAAACAGAAGAUAAAGAAAAACCUCUUAUUUAUAAAGGUGAAGGGAAGUGGCUCCGAAACAUUGACUAUUACCGUUUAGAUGGUUCUACUACUGCGCAGUCAAGGAAGAAGUGGGCUGAAGAAUUUAAUGAUGAAACUAAUGUGAGAGGGCGAUUGUUCAUCAUUUCCACCAAAGCAGGAUCUCUUGGAAUUAAUUUGGUAGCUGCUAACCGAGUAAUUAUAUUUGAUGCUUCUUGGAAUCCAUCUUAUGACAUCCAGAGUAUAUUCAGAGUUUAUCGCUUUGGACAAACUAAGCCUGUUUAUGUGUAUAGGUUCUUAGCUCAGGGAACCAUGGAAGAUAAAAUUUAUGAUCGGCAAGUAACUAAGCAGUCACUGUCUUUUCGAGUUGUUGAUCAACAGCAGGUUGAGCGUCAUUUUACUAUGAAUGAGCUUACUGAACUUUACACUUUUGAACCAGACUUACUAGAUGACCCUAACUCAGAAAAGAAGAAGAAGCGGGAUACUCCCAUGCUGCCAAAGGAUACUAUACUUGCAGAACUUCUUCAAAUACAUAAAGAACACAUUGUAGGAUAUCACGAACAUGAUUCUCUUUUGGACCACAAAGAAGAAGAAGAGUUAACUGAAGAAGAAAGAAAAGCAGCUUGGGCAGAAUAUGAAGCAGAAAAGAAGGGACUGACCAUGCGUUUCAACAUACCAACUGGGACCAAUUUACCCCCUGUCACUUUCAACUCUCAAACUCCUUAUAUUCCUUUCAAUUUGGGAGCCUUGUCAGCAAUGAGUAAUCAACAGCUGGAGGACCUCAUUAACCAAGGAAGAGAAAAAGUUGUGGAAGCAACAAAUAGUGUGACAGCAGUGAGGAUUCAGCCUCUUGAAGAUAUCAUUUCAGCUGUAUGGAAGGAAAACAUGAAUCUCUCAGAGGCCCAAGUACAGGCUUUAGCAUUAAGUAGACAAGCCAGUCAGGAGCUUGAUGUUAAACGAAGAGAAGCAAUCUACAAUGAUGUAUUGACUAAACAACAGAUGUUAAUCAGCUGUGUUCAGAGAAUACUUAUGAACAGAAGGCUCCAGCAGCAGUACAAUCAGCAGCAACAGCAACAAAUGACUUACCAACAAGCGACACUGGGUCACCUCAUGAUGCCAAAGCCUCCAAAUUUAAUCAUGAAUCCUUCUAACUACCAGCAGAUUGAUAUGAGAGGAAUGUAUCAGUCAGUGGCCGGUGGUCUGCAGCCACCACCGCUGCAGCGCGCACCGCCCCCAAUGAGAAGCAAACCUCCAGGACCUUCCCAAGGGAAAUCCAUGUGAUUUUGCACUAAAAGCUUAAAGGGUUGUUAAAAUCAUAGAAAGAUCUUUUAUUUUUUUAGGAAUCAAUGACUUAACAGAACUCAACUGUAUAAAUAGUUUGGUCCCCUUUAAAUGCCAAUCUUCCAUCCUAGUUUUAAAUUUUUUUAAAAUAGGGCAUACCAUUUCUCCCUGACAUUUGUCAGUGAUGUUGCCUAGAAUCUUCUUACACACAUUGAGUACAGAAGAUAUUUCAAAUUGUUUUCAGUGAAAACAAGUCCUUCCAUAACAGGAACAGCUCAGAUUUCCUCUCUAAAUUUUUAUGCCUGCUUUUAGCAACCAUGGAAUUGUCAUAAAAUUAAUGAAUUUAGGAAAGAAUAAAGAUUUAUAUAUCCAUUCUUUACAUAUAAAAAUACACAGCUGAGUUCUUAGAGUUGAUUCCUCAAUUUAUGAAAUACUUUUGUACUUAAUCCAUUUCUUGAUUAGAGUGAUUGAAACGGUCUUAAUAUUCUUUGAACUGAAGUCUGAAACUGGACUGCUAUAUUGUCUCUUAAGAUUGAAAGUCAGAAACUAAGGGUUAUCUUUGACACAGAAUUGUGUGCAAUAUUCUUAAAUACUACUGCUCUAAAGUUGGAGGAGUCUUGCAGUUAUCUUAGCAUUGUAUAAACAGCCUUAAGUACAGCCUAAGAAGAGAAUUCCUUUUUCUUCUUUAGUCUGCCAUUUUUUAUUUUCAGUUAUACGUGCUGAAAUAAUUACUGGUGAAAUUUCAGGGUUGUGGAUUACCUUUUCUCUCUCCUGGCACUAAUAUAAAGCACAUCUCUUAACUGCAUGGUGCCAGUUGCUAGUGCUUCAUCCUGUUGCUGGCAGUGGGAUGUGGACUAAAAAAAAAAAUCAAGUUCUAGCAUUUUAGAAGGCUAAUGUUGAAGUUGUUAGCUUCACACCCUGUUUUAUAAACAACAUCAAAAUGGCAGAACUGUUGCUGACUUUUAAGUUCACAUAAGGAAUGUGCUUUAACAAUUCCCAGACUGUCAGUAUUGUGAAAUAAUUCCUUUUAAAGAUAAGGAUCACUGGGCUUCUUUUUUCUCAUUACCAUGUUCUUUCCCCAUUUCCUUACAUUUUUCUUUGAUUGUUUUAAAGUUGGAUUUUUUUUUUCUACCAGUUUAGAUCUGAGGCAAUUUUAUGAUCCAAAUUACCUUAUCUAACACUUUUUUUGAGGUUUUACUAAAAAAUCAGUUACAUUUCUUUUUCAUAAUUCAGAUGUGUAAAAAGGAGCUAUAAUUUUGUGUUCAAUUUGGUUGCUUGAGUUUCUUAAAGAAAAAUGUUGUUUUUGACUCUUGGAGUCAACAUGGUAAAACCACUUUUGAGAUGGUGAUGUAACAGUAGAAAAGCUAAGGAAUUCCUGUAAAAAGAAAGCUGGGUGGAGGAUUUACUCUAGGUAUCACUGGAUUAGAGUGAAUUUAGCAUUAGCUAGAACUGUAUUGAGUUUUUUGGAUAAUAAAGAGAUUUCCAUUUUUAUCUUGGAAGAACUAGUGGUAACAUAUCCAAGAACACUAGGUUUAUGAUACGUAAUUUAUGAGGUUGGUGGGUCCACCCCCCCCCCCCCCCCCCCGCUUUUCCCUGGUAAAAUAUCACUAACAAAUUCCAUAUAUUUGGAUACUAUGCCAGCCAUAUAAUCAGAUUUAUUUAAUUGGGGUGGGAAGCAGACGUGUUUACUUUAGAAAAAAUGAAAAAGACAAGAUUUAUAAGAUAAAUAUUCGAAAGCCGUAUACUCUGGCCAACUGUUAUCAGUUGGUAUUUCUGUAAGUCCAGAAUACUUUAAACCUGAUUUACUAGACCUGGGAAUUUUCAACAUGGUCUCUAAUUACUAACUCAGAGACAUAGAUGUAAAAACGUUAGGCAGCCUUUUAAACCUUUUUCACCUUGGAUGAAGGUAUGACUUAAAAGAUAAUUACAUAGGAGGAUUAAUAGGAAAUCAGAGUUUGAAAUAAAACUUGGACCACUUUGCAUACACUCUUCUCACUUGACAUUUUAGCUACAUAAUAUGUACUUUGAGUAUAGCAUCAAAUUUUAACAAAUACUUAAAGACAAAAAUCACAUCAGUAAAAUACUAAAAAGCUCAUUUUUAUAUUUGUUUUAGAUGUUUUAAAUAGUUGCAAUGGCUUAAAAAUGACGAUUUAAAAUGUUGCUUGUAAUACAGUUUUGCCUGCUAAAUUCUCCACUUUUUGUAACCUGUUUUAUUUCUUUGGGUGUAAAGCGUUUUUGCUUAGUAUUGUGAUCUUGUAUAUGUUUUAUCCCAGUUGUAUAGUAAUGUUUCAGUCCAUCAUCCAGCUUUGGCGGCUGAAAUCAAACAGCUGUGAAGACUUGCCUU